AUGUCUCCAGGCAUGCCCGAUUCUAGUAAUUUUCUAACCUCAGUGGGUAUGGGCGCAAACCAAACUGCAAAAUCAACGCAGCAACAGCAGUAUAGAAGUACAGAUGCGAUAAUGCGCGGCACCAUGUCUAAUCCUGAUUUUCAGGGGAAUAGAGACAAGACUCCACUAACAUCUAGUUCUUUGUCUGAGACAUCCACAGUACACGGACGCCCAUAUUCUCUAGUUGAGGGACCAAAUAAUCCUUUGUUCUUCAACACCCCGAUGUCUAUGAACCAGAAUCUCAACCAAGUAUUGGGUCAGAAUCCGAGUCAUAACCAGACGUUGGCACAGGGAUUAAAUUCUGGACUCAACUUAGGGAUGCCAAGUUUUACACCCUCGCAACAAACGCAGCAAAUUGCACAGCAGCAUUUCCAGCAAUCUGUGCAGUUACAGACAAACCUAAUGUCGCAGCAGCCACAACCGCAACAACACUCGCCGCAAGCUGUACCAAUAGGGCAACCACAGAGUGCACAACAACUGCAGCACCAACCUAACUCGCCAUUGAAUUCGCUGAAGUGGGGAUUGAAUUCGCCAUCGCCCGAGUUGCAGCGCUCAUUCACCCCAGGACAACUGGCCAUGCAUGCGCAGCCCAUGAGGCUGAUGCAAUCUAUGUCGAUGGGCUCGUUUGAUCGAGCAAACAUGCGCGGCAAUACAAAUCCAUUGUGGCAGAUACAGGCAGUACCGGCACAAUUCAACCGACAGGAUAUGAAGAAGGCGGCUAUGCGACCACGAAAUACACCGAUCCCUAUCAAAAGUAAGGUAUCGGCCGAUGGGACUACCGGUGUUGAGAAGCCGGCAGAAGAUGCACAUCGUAAAGUGCGUAAGCGCCGUGGGUUUAAGGAGUUGGUGCGCAACAUCACAUGUGCGUAUAACGGGUGCUUGCGCGUAUAUGCAACAGAGAGCUCUCUACAAACUCACAUACGCAUCAAACACAACAACAUACGUCCACAGGGUUACGAAAAGCCUGUUAAGAACAAAGAAGCGAAGCGAACUGUCUCCACAUCUGUAUUACUGACCGCUAAAAAUACAGACACGGCACAAGUGUCGAAUACAGAAAACCCCAGCGAUGAGGCUGUGAAAUCCAGUGCGGAACAAUCUGAGCGAACUGCCGAUUUGGUUCAGAGCAAUGAAAAUUACAAUUUGAAUCAGCAAACAAAAACCGCAGAAACUGAGAAGGGUACCAUGCAAAAGAAGACUGCAGAUAUAAAGGACAAGGAGCAUGAUACGAAUAUGUCGUCCAUCGCCGAGGCUACGGAUGGCGAGUUAUUCUCCAUGGACCAGCAUGUCUCUAACAUUCUGAGCGUGUCGGAGAUGCCUUCGCUGAAAUCAGUACAGAGUGAUAUCACGAACUAUCACUCCUCCAUGCUUCAUUCUACCAACACCGGGGGAGCGUCCAGCACAACCACGCCAAGUCCUAAUCUUGACAGGAAGCUUUCCUCUAGCAGUCUUAUGCUCAACAUGAAGUUAAGUGACUUGCAUCUGGAUGCGGAAACCCAGGCCAACAUGCUGGUUAAUAGCAUACCUGAAAAUGUAGAGCUAAACAUACCUUCCCCUCACGAUAUGAUGUCAGCACUGGACUUCGCACAAGAUGAUAAAUUUCAAGAUCUUACCCGAAGACACAGUAUGGUAACACUGUCCAAUGCACCUAUGUGGGAGUUAGAGGACCAUUCGACCGCUUUCGCGAAUAUGUUCAACGCUCCGGCCCAUCAAUCGUUGAGUUCCGCAUCGGCUACACAGGCGAACAGCACCAGUCUAGCAAUGGCGCUGGAUGGCAUUCCCGAGAUUUCAUCUCCCGAAUUCCUACUGGGUGACUCGCAUCUGACAGAUACCCGGGGACUGGAUUUGAUGGUAGAUGAGACCUUUGACUUCGACGAUAUGAACUUUUUGAACCAGGGAAGCUUGCUGCUUGGAGACAUGAGCACUCUACUCAACUACAGCUGAUGUGCUAAGGGUUUUGAAAAGUUAAAGUAAUAUAUUGUAAUUCAUUGCAGGAGGGAUGACGGUCCGGUACUCUCAGGAUGUGAUGAUCGUUCGGCAAUGUGUACGACAAGGUCAAACGCAUUGCGAGAAGGUCGACCGGGACUGUACUAACUUAGAUUUCAAUAGACAUAGAAGAAGAGGGAAAGUAAUUUUAAGCCCGUUUAAAGGCUCUUAUUUGGCAGAAAUGAUAUACAAGUCUAGCACCAACUUGUUGUGGCGGUCUCUGCGAAAUCGGCGUAGGCAUUUACAACACAUAUAGACUCAGAAAAGGGAUUUCCCCAACAGCGGAAGAAUAGGACCCGUUGUUAAAUAUUCAUGAGCAACACUUAGCCUGUAUUUGGGGAUAGGCUCCUACGCACUAGAGCGCUUACCUCUGGCCUUUGCGCUAAGCAUAGAGAUUUCACGGUGCUCCGGAAAAGGAUUGCGCAACCUGACCGACCACGACAGGCAUGAUAGUCACGCAUGAACAGAGAGCACCUGCAUUUCAGUUCGAAUGCUGAAGUAGUGUGCUAUGUUAGUUUGCGAACGCUGAAAGUGGUUUGCUAGAACAGUGGUUCUGUGACCAUGAGACCUACAGAGGUCUAAGACGUCAGAGGUAUGAGAGGUGUGGCGACACUAUUUCGAUUUUACGUACGCAACGAAGUACGCACAGUUAGAACUCGCAAAAAAGCCCGCGAAUGAGCGGAGGACAAUUACACUAGGAGAGCACUUGCUGUACUAGAAUUUGACAAUAAAUGUAAUUCACAG